CGUUGUGCAACCUUUGCAGGUGCUCUCGGUGACAAGAAAGAUGAAAGCGGAUCGUCAGGAGCGCGCGAAAUUGAUCCCGAAGUGGAGGAGGCUCUACGAGAGGCCGAGCAGAAGCGGCAGGAGAAGCACCGAAGGAUGGAGGAGGAACGCGAAGCCAUGCGGCAAGACAUCCGUGAUAAGUAUGGAAUAAAGAAGAAGGAAUUGGAGAUAGACUUUGACGAGUUAAUGAUGACUAACGAAGGUGGUCGUGUGGGCAGGAAACGGAAGACGCCGGCCGAAUUGGCUGCGGAAGCGGAUAGGGCUGUAGCGGACGAGGAUUCUCUCAUCGGUUUGUGCACAACCGAAAAAGUACUAGCCAAGCACUCUCAAAGCCUACCAUUUCGUCUAGGCAUGCUGCCGGAGAAUAUGCGUGGAAUUGCCUCCAAAGUGACUGAAGCGCCUGGCAAGUUGAUAUCCGAGGCCACGGAGAAAUGCAUACUGUCGUAG